GUGAUUUUUAUCAUCAGUUUUAAAUAAUAAUAAUAGAAAAAUACUUUUUAAAAAUCAUCACAGUACAGGAUGGGCUUGAUGGAUAUAUUUCAUAAAAAGACUCCGGAAGAGUUGGCUAAAGAAUGGAAGAAGGGAUUAAAAUCGGAAGUGAGAAAUAUGGAUAGAGGUAUUAGAAAGAUUGAAAUGGAGGAAAUAAAGGUAAAGAAUAAUAUUAAAAUGAUGGUCAAGAAGGGACAAGAAGAUAAUGCUAAAAUUGUUGCCAGAGAAUUAAUUAAAACUAGAAAGGCAAAGGAAAGGCUGAUCAGAACAAAAGCUCAAAUGAAUUCCGUUAUUUUACAAUUGGAUCAACAAGUGCAACAACUCAGAGUGAUGGGAGCUUUACAGAAGAGUGCCGAUGUAAUGAAAUGUAUGAAUGAAAUGAUGAAAUUACCAGAUUUACAAGCAACGAUGAGAAACAUGUCCAAGGAAAUGGAAAAGGCAGGUUUAAUAGAGGAAAUGGUUGAUGAUAUGAUGGAAGAUGUUUUUGAAGAUGAGGAUGUUGAAGAAGCUGCUGAUGAGGAAGUUUCUGAAGUAUUGAAUGAAAUUUUGGAAAAUGUCAAAUCAACAAGAGUUGGAUCAUCAAAACUUCCACAAAAACAAGUUGAAGAAGAAGAGGAAGAGGAUGAAUCAGAAUUGGAACUUCAAAAGAGAUUAUCAUCUCUUAGAAAUUAGAUAUUUCGAACAAAAAACAAUUAUUUAUUAUAAUAUCUAGAGUUUAAUAGUCUUCGUCCUGAUUGCCAAUGAUCUGGACAGUUUGUAAAAUAUAAAUUUGUAAAUUUUGUUUUUUU